UAUUUGUCACCCCUGAAUACAUAAUAAAUACACGAAAACACCCCACCUUUCUAAUUUUUGUGUUUCCCACAAAGCAAUUAUAUUUUUGCCCUACUACUCCAGACCAAGAAAACAACUAUUUCUAUACAUCAUACCUUUCGCCUAAUAAAUCUAUCUCCAAUAAAUCCUCUCUUUCUCUCUCUACCCCUCUCUCUCUCUCUCUCUCUCUCUCUCUCUCUCUCUAAAGUUAACAAGAACAAAUCAAACUUGUAGUUUUCAAUUCAACAGAAACCCACCACUUUAUUUGGUUCAUCUUUUUCGCUCAGUUUGUGUACGUUGUGUAAUUAAAGCAAGUUCGGAGAGAAAGUUCCUCUACAUAUUUAAUAUAUAUAUCAAUAAAUCAAUACAUACAUACUUUGUAUCUCAAAAUCUCAAUUCAUCAAUGGCGAUUCAAGCACAGAUGUAUACAAAUUUUGAUCUUUUAUCCGACAAUGCAUGUGGAUUCAACAACAACAACAACAACCUCUGUUUUAUUCCACAUCAGCAGAAAGAACAACAACAACAACAAGAACCGAUGAUGAACAGAUUUCUCUUUCAAACAAUGUCUUCUUUUCCUCAGAGCAUCUCCGCCCAGAUGGAGAAUCAACGAAUCGAAAUUGAUCUGUUCAUCAAUUCGCAGAACGAAAAACUGAGAUUGGUUUUGGAAGAACAGAGGAAGCGACACACAUCGCUGCUGUUAAAGAAACUAGAACCAAAGAUUCAAUUUUUAUUCAGACAAAAGGAUGAAGAAAUCAAAACGGCGUCGUACAGAACAACUGAGCUCGAGAACUUUCUGAGGAGAAUCGAGUUCGAGAACCAAACGUGGCAGAGAGCGGCGAUGGAGAACGAAUCGACGGUCAAAUCGUUGACCGGCACGAUCGAACGGCUGAGGGAGGCCGCGGCGAAUGCUGCGUCGGUUGAUGACGCAGGGUCUUGCUGCGUAGAAGAAGAGGAGAGAGAAAAUGGUGAGAAUUUAGAGAGAGAAACGAGGAAGAAGAUGGUUUGCAGAAGGUGCAAUUAUGGGAAUUCGUGUGUGAUUAUGUUGCCGUGUAGGCAUCUGUGUUCAUGCAUUGCUUGUGCGGCGGUUCUUGAUUCUUGCCCUGUUUGUAGAGUGGUUAAGGAAAGCAGUAUUAUUGCUUUGACUUAAUACAAAUUUUCCUUUUUUUUUGUUAAGUAAUUAAUUAUGCUUUUUUUAGGAUUAAUGGGAAAUAAUAUUCAUUAAUUUUAGUUUUGCUUAGUUAAAAAAAAUGCUUUUUUUAUUCAUGAAUUGGAUAAUUAUUAUAGA